UAUAAAUGAGAACGGAUUUACAGGUCCAACAUCAGGCUCUUCUGACACUUGACUUCUCUUCCUCAGUUCACCAUGGAGCUCCUGGGAAUGACCACUAUUUUCUUGCUGAUCUGCAUCUCAUGUCUUCUUCUCAUCACCACAUGGAGAAACAUGUCACAAAAUGGGAAGCAGCCUCCUGGUCCCAUCGCACUCCCCCUUGCUGGAAACAUAUUCCAGCUGAACCCAAAGAACAUGCCUGAAAGCUUGGGAAAGCUUAGUGAGAAGUAUGGUCCUGUCUUCACAGUACAUUUAGGCCCACAAAAGGUUGUGGUGCUGUAUGGCUAUGAUGUUGUGAAAGAAGCUCUGAUUGAUCAGGCAGAUGACUUCAGUGGAAGAGGAAACCUGCCACUCCUUAAAAGACUCUUCAAAGGCGCAGGUAUUGUGACCAGCAAUGGGGAGACCUGGAAGCAGCUCCGACGAUUUGCACUCACCACCCUGAGGGAUUUUGGGAUGGGGAAGAGGAGCAUUGAGGAGCGAAUCCAGGAGGAAGCUCAUUUUCUGGUGGAGAGGAUCAGGAACACACAUGAGAAACCCUUCAACCCUGGCAGAUUCCUGAUCCAUGCUGUCUCCAACAUCAUCUGCUCCAUUGUCUUUGGGGAUCGGUUUGACUAUGAGGACAAGAAAUUUUUAACUUUAAUUUAUUUGCUAGAUGAAAACAAUGAUCUCCAGAGCUCUAUACGAACACAGCUAUACAAUUUCUUCCCAACUCUCAUGGAGUUUAUACCUGGCCCUCACCAAAAAAUGAUGAAAAAUACUGAAGAAGUUGAUAAAUUUAUUUUAGAAAUCAUAGCACAACACCAGGAAACCUGGGAUCCUAGUUGUCCUCGAGAUUUCAUCGAUGCUUUCCUUAACAAAAUGGACCAGGAGAAAGGGAAUGGUAACUCAGAGUUCACCGUUGAGUCCCUGACCAGAACCACACUCGACUUGUUCCUUGCAGGAACAGGGACCACAAGCAUCACCCUGAGACAUGCACUUCUGAUUCUCCAGAAAUACCCAGAGAUACAAGAGAAAGUUCAGAAGGAGAUUGAUCAUGUGAUUGGCCGAGGCCGAAGCCCCUGCAUGGCAGAUCGGAGCCAGAUGCCUUACACAGAUGCUGUAAUCCAUGAAAUCCAGAGAUUCAUUGAUUUCCUUCCACUUAAUGUCCCACAUGCUGUGAUCAAAGACACCAAGUUCAGAAACUAUUUUAUUCCAAAGGACACAAUGAUAUUUCCUCUGCUGACUCCCGUCCUACAUGAUAGCAAAGAAUUUCCAAAUCCGGAAAAAUUUGACCCAGGACAUUUUCUGAAUGCAAAUGGUACAUUUAAAAAGAGUGACUUCUUUAUGCCAUUCUCUGCAGGCAAACGCAUCUGUGCAGGAGAAGGUCUGGCCCGGAUGGAGCUAUUCAUAUUUCUAACAUCCAUCCUGCAGAACUUUACUUUGAAACCUGUUGUGGAUCACAAGGACAUUGACAUUACCCCUAUAAUUGCCACUCUGGCAAAUAUGCCCCGACCUUAUGAGGUCUCUUUUGUUCCACGCUAACCAAGUGAAGACUGCUGGCACAUACCACACUGGUGAAAGCUCUGAUUAAAUGACAGUCAUCUCUCAAUCUGUUGAGGCUGAAACAUUCAGGUCCCUGCUAGAUACUUUAUAGAGAGAAACAAUAUCAGACAAGAAAAUUGUAUGGUGCUUUUGUAAUCACCACAGCCAGCUCUAAACAAGAGACAGAGUAGUCAUCUACAUAGGUAAGAAGACAGCUCCCUGCGCAAGAGGAGACAGCUCUCCUCUGUGCCUAGCUCUCCUAGGUGAGGCUUCUGACAACCUGACAAGUCAGGGUGUGUGGACUAGUGCUCUGAGUGCUGCUGCUGCUGUCCCUAUCAUUUGAUCCUCUUAGCACAGCAGGACCAGACACUUCUACUCCACAGUUUCCACAGACCCUACUUCAGGUAUCUCUCUCUUCCGUAUUUUCAGUUUGUUCAUGACCUGAUCGUACUGCAGAGCAUAAACCAGUGGGAAUUUUUCUGUUAGAAAAUUAUUAUCUUCUGUAUUCUUGCCCCAGUACAUAUUGUCUCCUACAGUGGGGAUGGAAUUUAACAAUGGCUGGGCAGAUGGGUCCUCUCCCGUGUGAUUAUAAGGAAGUUUUGUGAAAUUACAAUAUAUAUUGCAAAAUAAAGAUGUAGAAUGCUGAA